AUGCGACCGAAAAAAUCAACUGUCUUCGUAGUUCCUUCAGAAGAGGACUACGAAAACUUGAAAGCUCCAAGAAGUCUGGCAAAUCACCUGAUGACAUAUACACAUCCACUCUCUGGUAUGUUGAAAACUAUGUUCAUUUAUGACAAAGAGUUGCCAAGAGAAAGUACAUCAAAUUUGGAUUGUGUUGAUGAAGAGGGAAAAGCAACAGCAUUGUCUUUGGAACUUGAAGAGAAGAUCGCAGAUAUGGUUCGUCGUAUGGAGAAAAUGGGGAUGGGUCCAACACUGAGUGAGUUCCGUGACAUUGUCAAGGACUACUUACAAGCCAACAGAAUUGAUGUUCCCUUUAAAGAUGGCAUUCCUGGUUAUGAAUGGGCAUCUUUAUUUAUGAAGAGGCAUCGCUUGUCACUCAAAAAAGGUGGUGUGAUGCAACUAGCUAGGAUAUCUGUUACAUCUGACCCAUUUGUGAUAUAUGGGUUCUAUGACCUGCUACAGGAAGAAAUGAUCAAGCUUCAAAUUACAAAUCGUCCAGAAUGCCUGUGGAACCUUGACGAGACAGGCUUUCCCCUUGACCCAUCUAAGAUGAAAACACUGGGAAGUAUUGGGUCCAAGACUGUUCGCUUGACAUGCGGCUCAAACAGAGAGAAUAUAACUGCAUUAGCAACAUGUGCUGAUGGUAGAGCACUAGAUCAUCUGAUCAUUUUUAAAGGUAAGAACAUGCAAACCACCUGGGUAGAUGAGAAUGCACUGCCAGACACUCAGUAUGCAGUUUCAGAAUCGGGCUGGAUGAACCAUUAUAUCUUCCAUGAAUUCUUCAAAGGGUUUGCAGAAAAAACUAAAGACAAACGUCCACUUUUGUUGACUUUAGAUGGUCAUCGCUGUCACACAAAUUUGCAGACAAUUGAACUGUCCAUUAAAGAAAAUAUCUCUAUUAUCAAACUACCAGCUCACUGUACUGAUCUUUUGCAACCAUUGGAUGUUUCUUGCUUUGCCCCGCUAAAGAAUUAUUAUGAAAAAAGCCUGAUGGAGAUAGUUCACCAGACAGGGGCCUGCAAACCCAUAGGAAAGAGAGGCUUUGUAAACUUGCUCUGUAAAAUUUGGAGGCAGGGGCUUUCAGAGCGCAACAUUAAAGCAGGGUUUAAAGCCACUGGUAUAUAUCCGUUUAGUCCAGAAAAACAUACAAUACGUGGAUAG